AUGGAGGAAGAGUAUGAAGAAAAGUCCAAGAUACUAGAUAAUCAUAGCUGUAUUUCCGUAAGCCCUGACGGACAAAGCAUUGUGGUAAUCGAUCCUGACGCUACCGCAAUAAAGAUAUACAGCAUACCAGAAAGUGGAACAGCGAAACAUGAAAUAUGUCUCCCAGAAGAUUUUGCAGCAAGUCUGAUUGCCAAGGGAGGUCACAUCUCGCUUGCAAUAGCAGAUGAUCAUACUAUAGCAUUGUCUGUGUUUAACGUAUCCCCGGACACUCUUCCUAAGAAAGCAUUAAUAGAAGUAAUAAGCAAAGACGGUAUUUUUGAUCUGAAUAGUUUGGGUGUUGGCUCAACGAGAAUAGUCGAUGUUGCGAAAAGUACUAUUAUUGUGGAUUUAGACUUUGCUGGCGUAAUUCGAUUUAUCGAUAACGAGACGGUGGUCGUUCUCCAAGAAACUACUUAUACGUUGUACAACAUAAACAACCACCAUAAACGACAAUUUCUGUAUCCUCCUUCAAUGAUGCAGAAACUAUCUGUAAAAGAGGCAUACAAACAGAAUCUAUUACUCGAUAGGCAAAUUAUCGGCCAGUUUCUUAUAAGCGUCGAUCCAUCGGGAGGACUUGACCUUUUUGAUGUGACAAGUGGUAACCUGGUACAAAAUUUUCGACACACUCCGAUUGACGAGAUGGAGACAGUCAGGUCUGCUCUUAUCCCUCAUGUUACGAUAUCAUCCAACUCAAAGUUUCUGGCUGCUUGCGAUAAAAUGGGACAGAUGAGCCUAUACCUUUUGGAAAGCGGCAUACAUGUAGCUACCCUAAGAUCAGAAAAGAGAGACAUUGAUAUGCUAUGUUCAGAGAAAUAUGGUCACCCUGUGUUCAUGGCGUUUAUCGACAACGAUCAAAAGCUAUUUACCAUAAUUGAAAACAAGUAUGGUUAUCGCCAUACAAUUUAUGAACUAUCAGAGUUUUACACAAAUACGGAAUAUCACUCGUUCAGUCGUUUUUCGAAAAAAGAUUUUGGUUUUAAGGUAUCAAAGCAUCAUCCUAUAAUACAGACCGUGGGCGGUCUAUUUUAUGUUGAAGCGGAUGGUAAACCAACAAAAUUAGAUCCAAUCAAUAUGGCUGCAGAUGAGUCGCCUUGUAAUUCUUCUUUACUCAUUGAUACGAAGACUAUUGAGAAGAAAACCCGAAAGUUAUUAGGUAUACCAGAGGGACUACCGCCUAUGUCGGAAAAAAAAUACAAUUUAUAUCUACCCGACGCCAUUAAUUUCGAACCCUGGGAAAGGACCGGAAAACCGCACCGGUCAGAAGCCCUAGACAGUUCGAGAGCUUUGUGGUUGAUCGUAGGUGAAGAUACAAUACAGAUAUGGCAGAAACUCGACGAACCGAUAUACCUCUGGGCCGCGCAUGAUUACAUAUCCGAUCCCAAACCAAAAAAGACUGUAAAAAUUAAACACCACACUCAUCGAUGUGAAGGAGAACAUGAUUUAAUAAUACAAGUGGCAACAGACGAUGGAAAGGAAGAUACUGUUAUCCGCAUAUACAAUUUAUUUAAUGGUGGGAAUUACUUGAGACAAUCGGUGGUGUCACUCGUCAAUAGUUUUGCAUUUAUUAAACGCAUACAACAACAGACACCCAACACGUCAUCAUACAUUCGUAAUUCAAGGAGAAUACGUGAUCUUGAAUUAUGCACACGCCGAGCCAUCUAUGAUGUCAUUGAAAAUCAGCCGGAUGUUUGGCAAUUGAUGGAUUCAAGAUAUAAGAUAAUGAGGACAUUAUUGCUUACAAAGGACGACGAGAUCAUAGCUGAAAUAUUGAAACCGGGGAGAUGUCUACAUCGGCCACAAUUUUAUGGUGAUGAAAGUCAGUAUUAUGCAAGCGAUUUAACCACUGCGUCGAGGAUUAGCAGAGAAAGUCUAAGAACAAUGUUAAGACAUUACAGUCAAAACGCAUUAGAGGCAGUCGGUUGGAUGUCUACAUUUUCAAGUGCUUUACCGCAAUUAUAUAGAGAACACCAAGAUAUUAUUGAUAACUACUUUGCGAAUUCCGCUGUGUUUGGAGCAAAGACUAUCGAUCCGAGUGAAUUUCAAUAUUGCGACAUUAGAUUACCUCCCGAACGUCUAAAAAGGGUGCGAUCAAUCGAUUUCAUUCCCAAACUACAACCGCCGCCAGAACUUUAUGACGACUCGCUAACGUUCACCCAAAAGAUUCGGCAUAACGUGUCAAAAUCUAUUAACUUUUCUGCAAAGAUGUUGAACUCAACGACAAUGUACACGGCUUCGCCGUCAGAACAGAGACAUAGAUUCGGGACAUUGUGUGUAGUGCCUUUGCCGGAAUUUGAUGGCAAUACCAAUGCAGCAAGAUCAGCCCGGCCCGCGAAAUCGACUUUCUGGAGCGAGACAGCAGAGAGGUUAUCUCGAUUAUCGAAACCUUCAUUCUUACUCUGGAUUCCGGCAGUUAAUCUGUUAUACAUGCUGUCCAUGGGAAGAUCGGUCGAAUGUACAUGCAGUCCUUUUCUCAAUCUGUUCAAAUUGCUUCCGUCAAGUGCUCUCUUCGAGAGUCCCUGUAUGGAAGCGGUGGUCGAUUUUAAAUGGAGGAAAUAUGGGCAAAAUAAAUUUACCCAAUAUCUUGUAUAUUAUUGUGUUUGCUUCAUAAUGUUUUCGGCACUGAUAUGGCACUGGCUGAAUGCGGAGCGCUCGAAAUUGAUGACAUUCUAUGCGCUUGUUAUGGUUUUCAAUUAUGUAUUCUUUCUAUUAUUCGCUUUGAAAAAACUGAGGGUUAACCCAAGAAGCACUUACGCAUGGAUCGAGUUAUUAACCAUAAUAGCUGCUGUUGGUGCCAACAUUCUCAUGCUUCUGGAUUCUGUUGGGGCUCUGACGAACGGGGCGCAGACUAUCGUUAUUUAUUCUGCAUUUGCUGUUCUGAGUCUAUGGGUACAAUUUAUUCUCAUGCUUAGAGUCGUAAACGGUAUUGGACAUUACGUUAGCACUCCAAUAUCGAUACUCAGACAUACUUAUCGCUUCCUGGUAGUUAUGGCUUUGUUCAUCAUAGGAUACGGACAUACAAUAUUUGUUUUACUAUCAACUCCUGUAAACGACAACACGGAUGUGAGCACUAAUAACAGUUCUGAUAGUGUGAUGUCGAACUUUAUAACCAAACUACGUGGUUCGGGUGGCUCGGGUGGCUCAGGUGGCUCAAGUGACUCCGGUUCAAACAGUUCUAGCGCUAGUAACGGUCCUGCCGACAACCCUUUCAACAACAUAGCUAACUCUGUAGUACAAGUCUUCUUUUGGACCAGUGGUGCUUCACCAUUGGUUCAAAAUCAAACAUUCCUCACUCUCACCAUAAUCUUGGUAAUAGGCACUCUCAUACUAGUUACAAUGAUGCAAAACAUACUUAUCGCUCUAAUGACAGCGGUUGUCGAGACUGUGAAAGAAGAUGAAAAAAAUAUGAUUCUCGUACUACGAGCCGAAUACCUGAUUGUGGUGGAAGAAAUGCUUCUCAGCGCAAAAGAGCAUCGCAAUAGGGAAUGGUUUCCAAAGCAUGUAUUUUAUUACGCUAAUGCGGAUUUAGUUGAAAAAUGGCGUAAAAAGGGAAGGGCGCCGAAGACUAUACAUGGCGUUGAGGAGAGAAUUUCUAAGCUUGAGAAUUUGGCUCAAGAGAUUCUUGAUGCUUUAAAAAAUAGACUAUAA